GAACCCAAUGUUGCAUAAACUGUGUCCCCUUAGUGGUCUCCCAGGGUUAUGUGAUGGUUGUCCCUGUAGUAGUCUCCCAGGGCUAGGUGAGGGUUGUCCUGGCAGUGAUCUACGAGGGUUAGAUGAUAGUUGUCCCUGUAGUGAUUUCCCAGGGUUGGGUUAUGGGUUUUCCCCUGUAGUGGUCUCCCAGGGUUAGGUGAUGGUUGUCCUGGCAUUUAUCUCCCAGGGUUAGGUGAUAGUUGUCCCUCCGGUGGUGUCGCAGGGUCAGGUGACGGUUGGGAGGGGCGUGGUCUCGGGCUGUGUGAAGAGGAGGAGGAGGCCUGUGCUGUGCGGAGGUGAGGAGUGAUCGGGAAUAUACAAUGUGGUCACCAUGCCUGGCAGUGAGAGCAUCCAAAUGGACUUUCCCCACUACAGCUCUGUGCUUCUAGACACCCUAAACAAGCAGCGGCUGGAGGGGAGAUUCUGUGAUCUGUCCAUCCAUGUCCAAGACCGCAUAUUCCGAGCUCACAAGACGGUCCUGGCUGCCUCUUCCCCAUACUUUCAUGACAAGCUGCUGUUGAAUGACACCAACCGUUUGGUUCUUCCAACUGUUAUCCAACCUGAUGCAUUUGGGAACCUGCUGCAGCUUAUCUACUCUGGGAGUCUGUCCCUUGAAAUGGAGGCCUUGCCAUCUCAUCUCUUGGUGGCCAGUGGUCUUCAGAUGUGGCAAGUGGUAGAUCGAUGUUGUGAACUUCUUAAGGAGAGGCAAGUGUGUACUCCAGUUUGGUCGAGCCGAGCCAGUGAAAGUCAGUCGCCCAGCAGCAGUUUUCAACCUCCGCGAGAGGACAAGCAACCCACGGUGGUCACGGUGAACUCAGAUGACGAAGAUGUGAUCAAAGUACGGGUUUCUGAGGAAGAGGAAGACGAGGAAGAAGAGAUGAAAAGUGCAAGUUGCUCGUAUGCCCUUCCUUCAUCAUCGUCCUCUCUUGGAAACCCCAAUGUUAUCUUUCUCAAGCAGGAGCACACCGAUGACGAUGGCAGCUUUCUGAAAGCUUUUCAGAUGACAGAGGUGAAGCAGGAAAUGGACACAGUGAAAUCGGAGUACCCUUCAGAGCUGAGCUUUGUGGUACCUCUUCCGUCCCCACCUACAUCUUCUGACAUCUCUCUUUGUCUUCCAAACAAGUUAUACGCGGAAGCUGAAUCUCACUCCUUCUCUAUCUCUAAGCCGCUGGACCUGCACGGUAACGAGAUUGUCGCACCCGCCCUUCAGGCCCAGACUAUUCAUGCCCCCAUUAAAUUUAUAGCUGCCCCAGAUGGGAAAAAAUUUGGCUGCCUGUGUGGGAAACGCUUCGCCGUGAAGCCCAAACGGGAUCGCCACAUCAUGCUGACCUUUAGCCUGCGCCCGUUCGGCUGCUCCGUCUGUAACAAAAAGUUCAAACUCAAGCACCACCUCACGGAGCACAUGAAGACCCACGGGAGCAACCUUUACUCAUGCGAAGAUUGUGGUCGCAAAUUCCGCGUAGAGACCUGCUACCAGAAGCAUAAGGAAGUUUGCAAGGGACAGAGGUGGGCGGGAGCUUGCUGGACCUAUAACCUAUAAUUAACCAUGCUUUUUUUUCUUCACCCCCCACCCCCUUUAAUUUUUAUAAUUUUUUUUUUAUCCAGAACCCUGUGGACGGAAUUAUAAAAAUGAGGCCUUCCGAUAGAAAUAUUGACACUAGCUUAUUGUUUUCAGGAGCCUUCUGAAAAAGAUCGUUUUCGCCGUACCAGGAACUGUAGACUUAGGACAGUACUUUUGUAGCCUCCGGUACUGCUUGUAGAGCAUCUUUGUAGAGCUGAAAAUACAUUCAUAGUAGGGUGAAUGCCUUUUAAAGAAAAAAAAAAAAAAACCCUGGUCUCAUUGUCUGUUUUAAUGUGGUAUAUUGUGCUCAAGAUCAGAUGGGACCGGCCGACAGUCGUAACAUUGUUUUAUUUUAGGCGCGAUGACGAUAAUACUAUAUCCCUAAUAACGCAAAAGGAAAAAUACCUUUUUUUUUCCCCCCAUUUAUAAAGAAUAUGGCAAUUGUAUCAUCUGUGACCAACGCUGCCUGUUUUAAGAAGACUUGACAAAACCUUAAUCCCUGCUGUGAUGUGUUGAAAAAGGUUGGAUUGUCAUUUAGAGUACAGCAACUGAACGGUGAGAAAUGUAACUUGGGUUUAAUGGUAAAGGUGGUGGCAUAGGACAGCUCUGUAUACAACCAUAGACUUGUAGGCUUCAUGCACAUGUUUAUUUUCCCAACUAAAAGUGUGUGUUAGAACACCCACAUACAUUACAAUCAAACUUGCGUUGCCUUUAAAAAAAAAUAAGGGGUCUAUUUA